CUUACUAAAAUAAUAUUAAUUUAUUUCAGACACCCCUAAAUGGAUUCUGCUAAGAAGAACUUUAUCGUACACAUCUCCGAGAUCCCUCACGGAGUCUCAGAGAAUGAUAUUAAGAAAUAUUUCAAGGAUAGAAUGGGCAUUGACGUUAAAAUUGGCCACCUUCGUCCAGUCAAGAACAAGGAAAUCCCUCUCCAAUGGGCAAGAGUUGAUCUUUGAAGCUUUGAGAACUACGAGAGAGCUGUUGAGGAGCAAAGAUUCCCAACUUUCCUUGAAGGACACCAGUCUAGACUUCUUCCUAACGACAGAGACAUCAUCUCUAAAGAUAUUGCUGAAAAGAAUAUCUUUGUCAAGGGUCUUGACAAAGUGAAGUAUGAUAACGAAGAGCUUUAUGAGCUUUUCAAGCAAUUUGGCGCUAUUGAUGCUAGUAAGAUUUCCAAGACUGUCAAGAGCGAAGGAGGAAAUAUUAUCAGCACCUCUAAUGGAUAUGGAUUCGUCAAAUUUAAUGAUGCUGACAAGGCUAAGGAAGUCUUAGAAAACACCAAGUUUGAUGAUGAGGGUAUAGUACUGGAGUCCUAUAUGAAGGAUAGGAAGAAGCCAGACUCAAACAAUCUUUAUGUGAAGAACUUUGAAAAUAGCGUCACUGAAGAUACUCUGAAGGAAAUCUUCUCUAAAUACGGAGAUAUCACCUCAGUCAAGGUGAUGCAAGACGAAGCCAGUGGAAGGAAAUUCGGAUAUGUCUGCUUUAAAGAAGAAGAUGCUGCUAAGGCUGCCUUGGAAAUGCAUGAGUCUGCAAUUCCUCCACACAGUGACUCUCUUUAUGUCCAAAAGCACGUGAAAAAAUCAGUCAGAAGAGACUUGCUCCAGAAGGCUUACAAGAAACAGAACCUGUUUGUAAGGAACUUCGGUGAGAAUGUGACUGAAAAAGAUCUCAAGGAUCUUUUCAAUCAGUUUGGUUCUAUUAUGAAUGUCAAGAUCUUGACUAAAAACACUGUAAUCAACGGAGAAGAAGUCACGAUCUCUCAAAGUAAAGGAUUCGUAUGAUUUGAAUCUCCAGAGGAUGCCAGAGCUGCUGUUGACUAUGCUCAAGAUAAAGGAAUCUGGUUUGACUCUAAAAGAUUGAAUGUUUCUCUAUUUGAACCAAAGAGUGAAAGAGCUAAUCAAGGAAGAGACUCAAAGAUGGGUGGUGUUAAUCCAGAGAUCAGUGAUUUCAUUGCUCAGUUCCUUCAGAACAUGGCUCAAGGUCAAAUGCCAGGAGUUGGAGGAUUCAUGGGAGGAGCAGGAGGUCCUCCUAUGCCACCAGCCCCAAUGGGUCCAGCAAGAAGUGGAUAUGGCGGUCAAACACAGAAAAGGAUGCCAAGAAAUGAUAUGUAUGGAAAUAGGCCACCACAGCCAGUAAUGCCUACUAGUAACUAUGGAGCCCCUCCUAUGCCAAGACCUCCUUUCCAGCAACAGCCAAUGAUGAUGUCAGGAGGAAACCAAUUCCCUCCAGGACCUCCACAAAAUAUGCCUAGGAAUGUUCCAAUGAUGCAACCUGAAAUGCAAAUGGAAGCAAUGGAUGUGAUGCAACCUCAACCUCAACCUACUCCUGGAAUGGAAUAUGGGGCUCCAGUUAUGCAACCUCCUGUAAACUUUUCCUCUGAUGAAGCCCAAUAUAACAACACUUAUAACGAGAUGAUCAAGAGCCACGAAUAUGCAACUGCUAGUGAAGACGAUAAGAGAACCAAAUUCGGAGAUCUUAUCUUCCCAUAUGUUGAGGGACUCUCAGGACCUGACAAUGCUCCAAAGAUCACAGGUAUGAUCAUCGAUUUAGAGCUAAAUGAUCUUGAGCAAGCUACUUCUACUCUGAGUUCGCUAAAAGAAAAGAUCAGUGAAGGAAUGGAUCUUCUCGCAGAUGAAGGCGGUGACUAGAUUAGUAACUUUAAUAUAAUUCAAUACUAA